AUGGAUUUAAUUUUAAUAAUCAAAGAACAAUUUCGUCAAAUGAUUGUUUCUGAGGAUUGGAUUGAUGAACGAACUAAGAAACGAGCUCUCAAAAAAUUGGAAAUUAUGAAACAAUAUUCUGGUUAUUUUGAUGAAUUUAAGGAUACUGAUGGAAUUAUUAACGAAAAUCAGUUGGUUUAUUGAUGUUAAAGGGGGAUGUGAAGGGCCGGGUUG